UUUCGAGGUAGGCGGGACGUGGUCGUUUCACAACACAAUGAUAAGAGCCGGGACGGGUUAGACCAGCCCGGACUCAAACAUGAUCAUAACAUCUGCAUAAGACGGGUCAGGAUGAAGGGUCUUUACCUGGUAGAGCCGGUGGUGGCCCUCUACGCCUUCUCCACCUACCUGUGCUACCCGCUGGUGCAGCAGUUUGUGUACAGGCGGCUGUGGGACGAGCUGACCAACAGCAGCUACCCCGUCACGUCCACGCCGUGCGCCUCCAACGCCAGCAACCAGUCCGACUACUCUCAGGAAGUGCAGCGGCGGUCCUCGCUGUUCUCGCUCUACACGGAGCUGCUGUCCAGCGUGCCCUCCCUGGCGGUCACGCUGGCGGUGGUGGCCUACAGCGACCGCGGCGGGCGUAAAGUGGCCAUCGUGCUGCCGCUGGCGGGCACGCUGGCGUUCACGCUGGUGCUGCUGUGCGUCUCCUACUUCCGGCUGAACGUCUACAUCCUGGUGGGCGCCACGCUGCUGCCGGCGCUGUGCGGCGGCCUGGGCACCUUCCUGGGGGGCUGCUUCGCCUACGUCGCUGACGUCAGCGCCGACGGCCGGCGGAAGACGCUGCGCAUGGCCGGGCUGGACAUGAUGUCGGGGCUGCUGUCGGGCGUGGCCGCCCUGUCCACGGGCUACUUCCUGCGGGCGGCGGGCUUCAACUGGCCCUUCCUGGCCUCCGCCGCGUGCCAGGCGCUGGUGCUGCUGUACGCCGUCUUCGUGCUGGAGGAGACCGUCCAGCGGCCGGCCGCCGACGCCGCCCGUCCGGACGAGCCGCGGCCGCCCUCGGCCUUGCAGCAGAUGUUCUACGGCGUCUACCGGAUGUUUGCCGGGGCCGCCCCCAAGCGCCGGACGCUGCUGGUCCUCCUGAUGUCCAUCUUCAACAGCUUCUCCUUCGCCUACUUCGGCGGCGCCUCCCUCUUCGUGCUCUACGAGCUCAACGAGCCGCUGUGCUGGAGCGAGAUCCUGAUCGGCUACGGCACGGCCGUCUCCACCUCCGUCUUCCUGACCAGCUUCGCCGGCGUGGCGGCGCUCACCUACUGCGGCGCGCCCGCCCUGCUGAUGGUGCUGAUGGGCGUCCUGUCGGUGGCCACGGGCAUGGUCAUCAUGGCCUUCUCCAAAAGCACGCUCAUGAUUUUUCUGGCCAGGCUGACCAUGCUGCUGUCCAUCAUGCCCUACUCUGUGCUGCGUGCCAUGAUGUCCAAGAUCGUCUCCAAGUCGGAGCAAGGCGCCCUGUUUGCCUGCCUGUCCUUCGGGGAGGUGCUGACGGCCAACGUGUCGGUGGCGGUCUUCAACAGCGUGUACGCCGCCACGGUGGGGCGACACCCCGGUCUGGUCUUCCUGCUGGCGGCAGGACUCUGCACGAUCCCUGCUUUGCUGCUGUGGGUGGUGUGGGUGGUCGGCGUGGACGUGGCCGACGAGGACUCGGGCCCGGAACGUUCCCAAAGAGACAAGGAGUCCAAGGAGGUGCCUGAAGAGGAGGCCCCGCUGCUCACAUGAAGACUUUUGCAUCAACUUGUCUGCGCUCUACUUUCCAGAACAGCCAUCUGCUAUUAUUAUUAUUAUUAUUAUUAUUAUUAUUAUUAUUAUGUUGACUUCCUUCCUGGUGACACACACACACACACACACGCACACACACACACACACACACACACACACACACACACACACACACACACACACACACACACACACCUGUCAGCUGGCGUUGACAUGUGCAGUUAAAAAGGGAGAAACAAUAAUUGAUUUAUUUGGGGCCCCUCAGGAACAUUAGAGCACUGCAAUAAUAAUUAUAAAUGACCACGGGUUGUUUUUAUAAAUGAAAAUGUAAUCAGUUUUUAUUUUUUGUAAUGAUUUUUAUAUAUACAUAUGUAUGUAUGUAUGUAUAUAUGUGUCUUUGUGUGGGUAAAAAACAUUAAAUGUGAUGUUUCUGUCACGACAUUCAA